AUGUCCCAAACGGUGGAAUUGUACAUUUACGACAUUUCUCAAGGAAUGGCAAGAACUAUAUCCCAAAUGUUAAUCGGCAAACAAAUAGAUGGUAUUUGGCACACAUCGAUAGUCGUUUUCGAUAGGGAAUACUUCUUCGGGUCCGGAGGUGUAGAAAGCUGCAAUCCUGGCACUACCUUGUUGGGCACACCGUUAGAAGUGCAAAAAUUGGGUGAAACCCAUGUACCAUAUGGUGUAUUUUAUGAAUAUUUAAACGGUCUUUCUACAACUUCUUACAUAAGCUCAUCCUAUGAUCUCUUUAAACACAAUUGCAACAAUUUCACUGAAGAAAUAGCUCAAUUUCUUUGCGGAACAAGCAUACCAAAGUAUAUUUUGGAUUUACCGAACGAGGUUUUACAAAGUAGCCUGGGUGCGACGUUGUCACCUCUGAUAGCACAAUUGGAAAAAAGCGCGCGUCCGAUAGCGGAAGAGCAGAGAUCUGUCCCAAGAGACGAAGACUUUGAACAGUUGAACUCGCAGAUUGAAGAAGCAAGAUAUAACUCCUUUCUACUGGAAGAAAGACGCAAAACAAUCAAAGAAAAAUUAGCGAAAAAGGAGCGCAAAAGGGAGAAGAAAAGGAAGAAAAUCCUUAAGGAAGGGGGAACAGUACCGUCAGAUCUGCAAGAAGAAAACACGAUGACCGACACUGAAGCAGUCAAUGGCGCCGAAAGUCUGCCUUCUGACCAAGUUUUGGCCAUGGAAGAGGAGGAAAGGAAGGAGGACGAGGAGAAAAAAAAAUCCAGGGAACCCCCGAUUGUUUUCAAGGACUUAAUAGACGUCAAGGCGGAAUUUGACGCUUUGGUUGGGUUGAUCGACGGUAAAUUAUCGCCGGACGAGCAGAGAUCAACCGAAGAACUGCAGCAGUACAUGAUUGGCGGGGAGGGGAGUUGGGCUCUGAGCGACGGAUUUUUGGACUAUCUAAAUCGGUUGUUGAACGAUAAGGAACUCCCAGUCGAUGUGAGGAUAAAAAUUCUCAACAUUUUGGCAGCGGCAGCUUUGAAAGACGACAUUAUCUUGGUACUACACGGCGACAGAAAAGACCAUGUUAUCAUGAAUUAUGCCUUUGAACUUGACCGCCAUACGCAACCUGAACAAGAAGCAGUCGCGUUAUUCAUUGCGAACAUGUUCGAAAACUUGAGCUCUUCCGAGUGGCUCAUGUACAUAUCAGAGUGGACUUUUAAUGGUCAGCAAACCAGCAACAUCAGGGUUACCACCAAAGUGGCAGUGCACUGUCUACUGUCAGAUGUUCCAGUACUACAGGACAGAGGUGCUGCCAUCAUCCACAACUUGGCCUGCAAGGAGAAAAUGUUCAAAAAUUUUCGAAUCCGCCAGCGUUUACCCAAAGGCAGCCUAUCCAAGGUGUUUGAUGAUGUGGCUGUUGAGCUGACAAUGGCUCUGCUCCAAUAUUUCAACUCAAAGCCUUCAGAAGAGCAACUUUACAGGUGCAUGAAGGCUUUGGUUAAAUUCACGCAAAUAUCGGGCCAGGAGGUCCCGCAAUUAAUCCAAAUGAUCGGUCCUGACCCCAGAAGUUUCAAAGGAACCAGCGAUAGAUUGGAUGAGCUCAUUCAACAAGUAUCUGUCAAGCUACACUAA